UUGCAGGGUAUAAAUACGAAUGACGAAGAUAAAGUAUGGAUAGAUGAAAAAUUUUUGGAACAUAUCCCACCCACUGUGUCUAUUUUGAGUUUAUCUGUUGGCAAAGAAAUUAAUGUCAGAAAUUGGGUAUUCAUACGGAAAUUUAAAAAUUUACGAUAUCUUGAUCUUCGAAAAUCAUUCGUACAGCUUAUUGAUACUUUGGUUAUAGAAGCUACUAAUUUGGUUUUCCUAGACUUAUCUCAUUCUCCAUGUGUAACAAACUUUUCCCCUAUUGGCAGAUGCUUAUUGCUAGAAAACAAUUCAAGGAAUCUAAUUGACGAACAUUUGGAAGACAUUGUAAAAGGAUGCACGAAUUUAGAAGGAUUAUCGCUUAAAGGAUGUGCAAGACUUAGUGCUAAAAGUUUGAAACAAAUUGGCGGAUGUGAAAAAAUGAAAGAAUUGCAUUUAGCUAAUGUACCAAACUUGACAAAUGAAAUACUUCAGCAUAUUAUACUUGGAACUCCAAGACUAAAAGUAUUAAAUAUUGCCUACUGUAAUUUAGUAAGUUACUUUUUGGAGUAG